CUGCUCUGCGGCCCCGAGACGACGAAACUGAGGGACAGAGCCGCCGCCACCACCACAAGCGCUGCACUCUGCAGUCGAGCGCAGCAGUAGAACAGUAGCAGCAGCAGCAGAGAUAGAGCUCGCAGAAACCACUGGCUCCACAGUACAAUAUAGCCUGCAGCCUCGUUAAAUUGCAACCCCUCUUUCGCGUUGUAGAGCGUAUACGUGCACGAGUGCACUGCACGGUCGACUCUGCGUGGGUGUUUGUGUUACAAUCAUGUAAAAAACGGCGUCUUGGACUCGAUCCCGACCUCGAGUCAAGAUACAUUUGCGUUUUCGGACGAUAGAACGCGUCGAGACGUAUUGAUCCUGUGCAGCGAUAUUUCGAGCUCGCUAACGCGUUCUGGCGUCCGCCUGUAACGACGGCGCACCGAGCGUUCGACACUAGUGCAUCGAGUGUGAACUAUGUAACGGCGCGAGGAUAAUCUCGUUCAUUCGUAAGACGGCUGGUUGCGAACAUCGAAAAAGGACGAGUGCGCGUAAGUGAGCAGUUUGCGUGUGCGUGUGCGGCGCGCGCGCGCGUGUGUACACACACCAACACCAACACAGGUACUCGCGCUCGUAUACACUCGUAGGUAUAUGUAUUACGGGUCGAUAGAGCAACGACAUGAGUAGAAAGCGGGUGCGUCGACCUCGUCGCUGGUGUAGCAGAAGAAGCAGCUGUUGUUGAAAGAGCCCGGGCCCCGACGACGAUCGAGUCCAUAUAGGACUCGGUGAUUCGAGCGAGCUCCGAAUUCCGCUGACACAAGGAUCGAGACUACGUACUAUACCCAUUGGCAAGUGUCUGCGGUGCGCCGUGCGCGACUCGUACGCGAAUACAUACGCACACACAGACGAACUUACACUGGAAGCUGGCCCAUGUGUUUGUGUGUACGUCGGUCGCCUCUGUGUUCUGCUGCAUGACAAGUGCGCUUAAAACGUAUACACACGAGCAGCAGCAGCAGCAGCAUAAUACACGGCACACACGUCUUAAAUAACUUUAAGCGCGAGCAAGUGUCCGACGUAGCGGAGAAAUGACAUGGGAGUACCAGCGCGGGGAUGCCUCGCUGUGGCCGUGUGCGCCGCUGCACUCGGCGUCUACCUCAACAGUCUCGGCUGCGGCUUCGUCUUCGACGACAUAUCCGCCAUCAAGGAGAACCGAGACCUCAGGUCGCACACGCCGCUCAAGAAUGUCUUCUUCAACGACUUCUGGGGCACGCCGAUGCACAAGGAACAAUCGCACAAAUCGUACAGGCCGCUCUGCGUCCUCACAUUCCGUUGGAAUUACAUGAUACAUCAAUUGGACCCGAUGGGAUAUCAUCUUUUCAACGUUAUUCUACACGUUGGAGUUAGCCUUUUGUACUUCAGAAUAUGCUUGAUGUUUUUACCAGACGUUGCGAGUUUCAUCUCGGCUCUGCUGUUCGCCGUUCAUCCUAUACACACAGAGGCGGUUACGGGAGUCGUCGGCCGAGCCGAGACCUUGUCAUCCUUGUUUUACUUGGCCGCUUUGAUGACCUACACCAAGUGUUGCAGAAGCAAACGAUCCACAGGCUGGAGAUCAUUAAUAAUGUCCAUGUUCUUCGUGCUCGUGGCUAUGCUGUGCAAGGAGCAAGGGAUCACCGCCACUGCAGUCUGCGUUUUAUAUGAAAUUUUCGUUGUACAAAGGGUUCGAGCUUUGGACAUUGUAUUAGCGCUCAAGUCGGCGUUCGACGGUAAAAAGAUAUCGCCGAGCUGGUCGAGCGAGGGCACAAAGCGACUCACCGCCGUCACCCUCGUUACCUUUAGUCUGUUAAUUUUAAGAUUACACGUGAUGGGCUCGAAGCUGCCCGUAUUCACCAGGUUUGACAAUCCGGCGUCGGUGGCCGCGACGCCGACCAGACAAUUGACGUAUAAUUAUUUAGCCGCCGUCAAUAUGCGUCUGCUGUUCCUUCCGACGGAUCUGUGCUGCGACUGGACCAUGGGCACGAUACCACUGGUCGAGGGCCUGCUGGACGUGAGAAACUUGGCCACUCUGGCGGCCCACUCGACGGUCCUCGGCUUGCUCGCCACCGCCGUGCUCACGUGCAAUCGACAAACGUCAAUAAUAAUCAUCAUGAGUUUAGCGAUGAUGAUUCUUCCCUUUCUACCGGCUUCAAAUCUAUUUUUUCCAGUCGGUUUUGUUGUUGCCGAAAGAGUACUUUAUGCACCUUCCAUGGGAUUCUGUAUGCUCGUUGGAUACGGAUGUCACAUUCUAUGUGAAAAAAGUAAAAAAUUAUCGGUGUUGCUGCUGCUCACGCUGCUGCUGUCCUUCGCCACGAAAACCUACGUGAGGAAUUACGACUGGCAGGACGAGUAUCAGAUAUUCAUGUCGGGUCUCAAAGUCAACGACCGCAACGCCAAGCUCUUCAACAACGUCGGCCACGCGCUCGAGAGCCAAGGCCGCUUCAUGGAGGCGCUGAAUUUUUUCAACAUGGCCGUGCAGGUGCAGGGCGACGACAUCGGCGCGCACAUCAACGUCGGCCGGACUUACAAUCAUUUGAAGAUGUUCAAGGAGGCUGAGGACGCUUACUUGAAGGCCAAAUCUCUGCUACCGAAAGCCAAACCCGGGGAGUCCUAUCAAGCGCGGAUAGCGCCCAAUCAUCUGAACGUUUUUGUAAAUCUGGCCAAUCUCAUAGCGAAAAACGCGACGAGGCUGGAGGAGGCCGACCUGCUGUACAGGCAGGCGAUCAGCAUGCGAGCGGAUUACACGCUGGCGUACAUCAAUCGCGGUGACGUCCUCAUCAAACUCAAUCGCACGAAAGAAGCCCAGGAGGUUUACGAGCGAGCCCUAUUUUACGACAGCAACAAUCCUGACAUUUAUUAUAAUCUCGGCGUUGUGUUUUUGGAGCAAGGAAAAGCCUCGCAGGCCCUGGCCUAUCUCGACAAAGCCCUGGAAUUCGAUCCGGAGCACGAGCAGGCUUUGCUCAACUCGGCCAUACUUCUGCAGGAGCUAGGUCGCGCUGAGCUCCGAAAAGUCGCCAGAGAGAGAUUACUGAAGUUAUUGCGAAAGGAUUCCAAUAACGAGAGGGUACAUUUCAAUCUUGGUAUGCUUGCGAUGGACGAUCACGACAGCGAGGAUGCCGAGAGAUGGUUCAGAAAUGCCGUUGCUCUGAAGGAGGACUUCAGAUCAGCUCUGUUCAAUUUGGCUCUGCUGUUGGCCGACGAGCAACGGCCUUUGGAAGCUGCUCCUUUUCUGAAUCAACUCGUCAGAUUUCAUCCGGAUCACGUAAAGGGGCUAAUUUUGCUCGGUGAUAUUUACAUUAACAAUAUUAAGGAUUUGGAUGCAGCUGAAAACUGCUACCGAAAGAUUCUCCAGCUGGAUCCGACCAACAUACAAGGCUUGCACAAUCUUUGCGUGGUAAUGGUGGAGCGCGGCAAGCUCGGCUUGGCAGCUCAGUGUCUGGAAAAAGCCGCAGCCCUGGCGCCCGAGCAGGACUACGUGCAUCGGCAUUUGGCGAUCGUGCGAGCGCGCUUAAAUCGAUUGCCCGACGAGGAGGUCGACAAUGAGAUUUUCGAUGACUCGUUCUGGUCGCAGCCCCUGCCCGCGGCCCAAGAUCAGCAGAGUCAGCAGCAGCGUGACAGCACGGAAUCGCCGGCCUUCCUUAAUCACAAUCAUUACUCAGGGAACAAUCAGCAGAAACGCACUCAGCAGUCGGUUAGCGAGCUGAUAAAUACGCGGCCACGCGUUAAUCGUAAUAUACCAAAUAAUCAAGACAACGUGGAUAGUUUGAGCAGCAUUACCGGAUCGAGGCCCGAGAAUGGCGCUUUCAAUCGCAUAAUAAGCGCUGACGCGACCAAACUCGAUCUGACUCAGAAGCGCACCCCUACUAGGACUAAGAUUACCACUACAGAACCGAAGAGUACGAAUCGUAGCGGCGGCACGACCAAGAGCAAAGUGUGAUGCCCGAAAUCAUGAUGUUAAAGAAAAAAUUAUUAACGCAACAAAAAAAAAAUUAUUUACAAAGUCGUAAAAUAUAUUAUAAAAUA